AUGCCCGAUUCUCCCGCAGUGAAACACGAGCGCCGAUCUUCGUCUGUGGCCCACUUUCAGUUUGCGCCGCCCACUGCGCCAACUGCGCCAACUGCAACUGCGCCAACUGCGCCAACUGCGCCAACUGAACCAUACACUGCACCAACUGCACCAUACACUGCGCCGUCCACGGUUUUCGACCUUGCAGAGUCUCCGGCGGUGCCGUUGCUACCGCCGCAGUCGGCGCCCAUGUCUUUCGCCGAGUGCGAGCCCAUGCCGCAGGCAGCUUCGGCGCCGCCCGACUACCAUGCCCAGCCGGCCGAUUUCCAUACGCUGCUUCUUGGCGGCCAGUGGUUUUUGGACAGCGAACAGGUGCCGUUCAAGGCGCAUGCGGCGCGGACACACACCAAAAACGUUUCCAUUUCGCUGUACUUCGACACGGUGCACUUGCACGACAGCGAGCCCCUUCCAUUGGGGCCGAGCCAGGCGUCUGUGGGGCCGAGCCAGGCGUCUGCGGGGCCGAGCCAGGCGCCGGCUGGCAUGACCAGUUCUAGCAGUGCGCUUGCAGGCGCCGAAGCGGCGCAAGCUAGCGAAGCCGGUGAAGCUGGUGGAGCUGGUGAAGCCAUAGGUGGUCCAGGCAGGCACGAACUUUCUGGUUCUGGGCUCGACGUUUCUGGUACUGGACUCGACGUUUCUGCCUCUGUUCCUUCCUCUGUUCCUUCCUCUGUUCCUGUUUCUGCCUCAGUUCCCGGCCCUGGCCCUGAUUCUGUCUCUCCCGACUUGCAGCGCCUCCUCUGGCAGAUCCGCGCCGUCGACGCCUUCAACUUCAACACAUACCUCCUCGCGCUCCUCCGCGCCGAGGGCGCCGCCGUGCCCUUGGACGCCUUCUACAACCUCUUGUACAACGACCGCGCGCUCGACCGGUGCAUGGAGGUGCGCGCCUGCGACCGCGUCGACCGCCGCAGCGCGCCCGGGCGCUUUGCGCGAUCCGUGCGGCAUCUCCGCGCUGGUGUUGGCGGUGUUCGCGCAGCCCGAGACGCCUCCAGCAGUAUUUCCCGCGCGCCAACCUCGGCGAGAUGCAAGUUUGCGUCCAUCAACAUCCACGAGGUGCGGCGGCUGUUUUUGGCGCUCAAGUUGCUCACCACCACGUUGGUGGUUGUGGAAAACCCGGGUUGUGAGCGCCGUGGCCACCAUCCCGCGCCACACCAUCUACAAGGUGUACUAUUUCUUGUGCCAGACGCUCAUGGCCAAGUACCCCACGCCGCAGCACGGCGGCGACCGCAGCAUCGUGAUGGGCCACUCCAAGUUGGGCAAGUUGCUCAAGCUCGCGUUCCCGCAGCUCCGGGCCAAGCGCCUCGGCCGCCGCGGCGAGUCCAAGUACAACUACUUGGGGGUGGUGUGGAACGAGGCCAUCGUGGACCGCGCGACGCUUGCGCAGUGCGCACUCGACUUGCUGCGGCUCCAGGAGCAUGUGCAGAAGCUGGUGCGGAGCGUGGUGGCCGCGGCGGCGGGCCAGGACCAAGUGGCACGAGGCGUGGCCGGGUGGCGCAGCUUCGGCGGUGCGAGCAAGCGGCCACUUCUUCAAUUUCUUCCAUUUCUUCCAUUUCUCCCUCCGUUUCGACCGCGCUGGACGUGGCCGCGCUCUUGGGACAUGGCCGCGCGCGCGCGCCACCGCCACUAUCUCUUCGAGCAGGUGUGCGUGCGCCUCGAGCGCGGCGCGAGCCCAGCCUACUUGCUUGCGAUAGCGCUCGAGGCGCUUCCGCGCAUGAUGGAGCCGGCGCGCGCGCUCGAGGCGAACGUGUCGUUUUUCGCUGCGCGCAUCGCCGCGCACGGCCCGCCGCGGUACGCCCCGUUGGUGCGGCGCCUCGUGCGCCUCCGCGCCGUGGUGGCGGCGCUCGACGCCCCUGUCCCUGUCCCUGA